AUGCAAUCAUUAUCCUAUUUAAUAUUACUUAUUGGUAUUCUAUUCACAUUUUCAAAAGUUCAUUCGAAAAAACCAGUCGAUGAACAAUAUUGUGAAGUAUGUAUAAAAACCAUCAAUACAUUUAUUGAUACAUUAACCGAUAGUGAAAAAACAAAUGCAGAAAAAAUAGAAAAAGAAUUUAAGAAAUUUUGUAGUAAAGUUAAAAUUGAUACAAAAGAACAUCGUUUGUGUUAUUAUAUUGGUGGAUUAGAAACAUCAGCAACUUAUGCUGUUGGUGAUUUAGCUAAACCCUUAUCAUGGGGUAUACCAGUUGAAAAAAUCUGUCGAGAAAGACUUUCAAAAACAAAUCCACAAAUAUGUGAUCUUAAAUAUGAAAAACAAAUUGAUGUUAAUUCUGUAGAUUUACAUAAAUUAAAAGUCAAAGAUUUAAAAAAAAUCUUAAGUGAUUGGGGUGAAAGUGUUGAUUUUAUUGAAAAAUCUGAAUUUAUUAAACGUAUUAAUGAAAUUAAAGAUAAAUAUGUUAAACCAACAGCAGAUGCAAAUAAAAAAGACUUGUGA